UGACAUUGACCUUUUGAAAGAUUUUAUAUCAGAAAAAGAAUUUCAAGAAAGGAAAACCCGUCGUGAUUUGCUGGUAAAAAUCGUGAUACUUAAAGUUCGAGGAAGUGAUACAAUUUCCAAUUUAGAACAGUGUUCCACCCGAUCAGCAAAAGCUAGUUUUUGGAGUGAUGGUAAUUACUUGGAAAUUUUGGACCCAAGGCAUCAUCAUGAUUUUACGAAUAGUAAUGAUAGAGGAAAGAUAUACAUGCAGGGGGGAGGAAAGUAUGAUAAUGGCGAUGACACAUGGCUUGGUAUUGAUAAAAAUUCCUGGCCAGUAUCAUAUCAUGGUACCGCUAAGAAUAACACAGUCAAUUGCAGAGGAUUG